UUACGAAAAGUGCCAUGAGAGCGGUGGCAAAAGUCCUAGAGGCUAGAGCAGAGCAAAGAGAGAGCCGUUUCUUGCCACUAAAAUGGGAAGCUUGACCCUAAAAUUUAAAUCCUUCCAGCGACUGUCGGGAAAGAGCAAUAGAAUAAGGGAGGGGUGAUGUAUGCUUUGCAGUUAAAACUCGAUGUGCGCGGGUUUUCCCCCAAAAUCACUUUGAAAAUUUGGGAGCUCCGGAAAAUAGAAAGUGCCUUUGAUAAGAUUACAAACAGGGUUUUAGUAAGCGAAUCGGAGAGAUGAGUGAUUAGGUUUAGGUUUUGGAAGAGAGGAGACAUCAGCCGGAUCGUGGAUAAACUCAGGUGGUUGGUCAGCGAGUGAAAAUUCUCCGGGUCAGUGGUGCAAAUUGCAGAUAAAGUAAUAAAUUAGCAGUGGCGAUUGGUUGUCCUCCGUAGCAAAUGCAUAUAUGAACAUGAAUAUGAAUCCUCAGGCGCAGCAUUUCGGAUACAGAGGCAGCGAAGAAGGGACGCAGCAAGCGGAUGAGGAGGUGGCGACCACCCUCUUAGUUCGGCAUCUCCCCGAGGCCAUUCCUCACGAAACACUCUCUCGCCUCUUCUCUCAUUACGGUGCAUCCUCUGUUCGUCCCUGCGCUGGUGGAAGAUUGAGGAACUGUGCUUUUGUUGAUUUCAAGGAUGAAACUCUGGCUUCUCAAGCACAAUCCCAACUAAACCGGUUGAGGUUUCUUGGUAAAGUAUUGUCAGUGGAGAGAGCAAGUAAACAAUUAUUGAAUACUAAGAACCAGCAAAAUGAACUACAACUAAGGAAAGACUUGAAUUCUCUGCCUACAUCUCAGCAAAAAGAUACUUCUUUACCUGGAAGUUUGACUAGAGGAGCCAAUGCAGACUCAUUAUCUAUUGGUGAACCUAUUGCUAAGAGACUUGGUGUUGACUACCCAUUUCCUCCCCAGCUUGAGUAUGCGUACCCGCCUCCUGAUGGGAACAUACUGACCAACAUUGUGAAUGCUCUCAUUGCUGUUCCUCGCUUUUAUACGCAGGUAUUGCAUUUGAUGAACAAAAUGAACAUUCCAGCACCAUUCCGUAUGGCAUUGCCCACUCCACCUCUGCCACCUUCGGUAGCUGCUGCACCGCCGCCACCACCACCACCACAGCCGCCACCGCCUGUAGUUGCAAAGCGUCAUGUGGCUGAUCUAUCUAGUGACGAGUCAGAAUUGGAGUCUUCAGAGGAGGGUGAUGAUGAUAACAACCAUUUCUCCACUGGGGAUUCAAGAAUUUUGAAGCAUGGACGAAAGCAUGCAAGGCGAGAAGUUAUUGUAGGUCCAGCAAUCGAUAAAGAAGUGGCACAUGAGGCUGUCGGAUUGAAACCAUCUACCUUGGUUCCGAAAGAGAUCCCAACGAUAAAAAAGAAUAGCUCUGUACUAAAGAUCAAAAUUGCCACUAAGCCUGCACAUGAGCCUAAGCAUGAUGAUGAAAACAAGGAACCAGUGGAGCAAGCCAAAGGGGAUUUGGAGCAUAAACCUUAUGCUACGCCGGAGGAAAUUGAGAGCUCUAAGUUGCCACCAGAGGAAAUCUUAUCACUUCCAAUGUUUAAGAACUACUCAGCUGGCAAUCCUGCUACUGUUUUGUACAUCAAGAACUUGGCAAAAGAUUUGGUUCCUGAAGACCUCUACUUCAUAUUUGGAUCACUUUUUGGUAGUGUGGAGGCAGCUAAAUCUGGUCUAAAUGUUAAAUUAAUGCAGGAGGGAAGGAUGAGGGGUCAAGCUUUUGUGACGUUUCCAACAGUUGAUCUUGCUCAUCAUGCUUUGACCCAUUCCAAUGGGUCCAUUGCACUCACACCGCUACCAUCUGAUUAUUCAUCAGAAGGGAGAAAUAAUCUGGUAAAUGGGUAUGUGUUUAAAGGCAAACCUAUGAUCAUCCAGUUUGGCCGGAACCCUGCAGCUGGCAAAGCAAACUAAAUAGCAAUGCAGCAACAGCUAAAAAUCUUUGCCUUCGUGGGUGUGCGUACAAGUGCUUGUGAUGCUUAAUCAGCUGCAUCAUGGAAAUUAUUUUGGAUGUGACCCUGCACCCUGUUGAAGUUAUGGAUAACAAAAGUGCCGUUGUAAUUCAUUAUCUAACAGCACCAUUAUGCUAGAAAUGGCUUGAAUGAGUUUUGCCUGGUGUUUUGAAGCGUCCAUAGAACUAUUUUUUCAGUUGAAAGCUAUGAAACAAGUCCGCAGUAGUUCGAAAGUGGAAUUUUGCACGAUAUCGCAAAAUGGCUGCCCUUGCUCAAUUUGGGUCUGACCUUGAUGCUGCGACUCAGGUGUUACCUAGUAGAGGUGCAAGGCUUACAGAAGUACCCAAUCAACCACAAUAUGCACCACUUCCAACUGAAAAACAAAUUCUAGUCAUUUAUGCAGAUGUCAAUGGAUUCUGUGAUCGAAUGCCACUAGACAAUUUCUCAAUAUGAGAGAGCCAUUCCAAGUAGUAUAAAUCAGAAUUGCUACAGGCACUUUUAGAUAAAGGGGGGUUAACUAACGAAAGAAAGAGGAUGAUUGUUUCUGACUUUGAUCUAAGUCUCUCAAAAGCUUUACUCCAAACUCUAGAAUUUCUCUUUCCAUUCUUGCUCGUAAUACCAUUAUCUUUUCAGUUGUAAAUUAUGGUUCUCCAAUAAGUGUCAUUGAGCUAAUCCUGUGAGCGAAGUGCAUUUUCAUAUGAUUAUGAAAGUACAGGAUGACAUUAAAAUGAGAUUCCCUAAUUUUUCA